AUGCGUCGUUCGUCAGCCAAUAUCAAGCCGCCGCCACGGCCUCGCUUGACUCUCGCCCAGAUAUCUGCGUACGAUGACAUGUGCACGGAUGCGUUGGUCGACCGCGUGCACUACUGGACGAGCAUCCCCAAAAACCGCUCGACCUACCAUGCCUCGCGUGGUGUCAAGUCGGAGGAGAUUUCCAAAAUCCUGCAAUCCGAAGUGGUGGUGAACAAGGACCUCAACGCUGCCGAACAGAAGCUACUUGCGACAGACGGUAUCCGGAGAUUCGUCAAUGGACUGAAGACAGAUAGAGAAAAGGACGACUUUCGCCGCCACCUCCGCCGCUAUGCUCAAAUUUACCUUCCCGACUGCCCCUUUGAGGUCAAUUCCACAAACCGCUACACCAUUGUCACACACGAGGCUGCCGUCACUGCCCGACGUUACAUCCGGCGCAACGAGUCGGUAAAGUACCUUUCGGGGAUCCAAGUCACCAUGACACCCAAAGAGGAGGAGGAGAUCGCUUUCCGGAAGAAGGAUUUUAGCGUCGUCGUCUCCUCUCGUAACAAGUGCACCAGCUUGUUCAUGGGUCCCGCCCGCUUUGCCAAUCACGAUUGCGGCGCCAACGCAAAGCUCAUGACGACGAGCCACGCCGGCAUCGAAAUCAUUGCCACCCGCGACAUUGAAGUCGGCGAGGAGAUUACUGUCACCUACGGAGACAACUACUUUGGCGAAGAUAACUGCGAGUGUCUCUGCCUUACCUGCGAGACCUUACAGAGGAACGGCUGGGAACCUGAGGAUGGCCCGGUCACCAUGAGGGCUAGCAUUGAGGAAGACAAGACCGAGUCAUAUUCCUUGCGUCGCCGGAGGAGGGACGACAGCGUUGGUGGCAGCUCCUCGCGGACGUCAUCUGUGACGCCCAGCAUUCGUCCCAAAGUCUACAAGUCGAGGAAGUCGACGGGAUCGCGUUUGAGCCUCACGCGUGGUUCGGUUGGAUUGGAGAGUCCGAUGCCAUCCACGACACCUGAUGGAAAGUCGGAGAAGCGACCUAUGCCAGACGGCCUCGCAUCGCCGCCCAUCACACCGGCCAAGAAGCUGAAGCUCGUGGCCGACAUAUCGCUCGAGGCGCCGAUGUCUUCCCGAAGAAGCUCAACCUCCCGCAGCGGCUCUUCUGGUGCGUACGAAGCUGAUACGGACUUGACAUCCCCUGAUAAGGAGAGCCCGGAGCCGCUCAUGCCUACUCCAACCAAGGAGGGGCCGACGAUAGAAGUCAGGCUUCCGGUAGAGCUGAACCCCAUGUCUCUUCAAAGCAUCUUGAACGCAUCGGAGACGGAUGGGCUCAGCCCAGCUCCAAUCGUCACCGCCAGUAUCGAGACGGCUGAGGAGACUACUGCUGAGGCCCCAACAGCUACUGCCGUGGAAGAAGGCGACGCAGACGAAGCUGCAAAGAUGCUCAAGAAGAAGAAGUAUCAGAAGCGAGUUUUUAUCAAGCAGACGACACCGCCGGCCGAGUGUCGGACACCCGGUGACUACGUGCUGACGCCGCUACUACUGUCGGAGCCAGCCAUGGCAUGGAUUCAGUGCUCCAACUGCCCGACAUACUUUGUGCAGCAGAAUGCCUAUUGCACCCGGUCGUCGUGCCCGCGAUGCGAGAGGCACUCGAUUAUCUACGGGUACAAGUGGCCCAAGACCGACAAAACGGGACCUAACGACAAGGAGGAACGGAUCCUGGAUCACCGGAUCAUCCACCGGUUCCUUGACCCUAACGACGAGCGUCGGGCAAGGGGCAAGAAACCUCUGCACGAGGACAACGAACCGGAGGCGACCGAAGAGCCCAAGGAGCCACAGAGGGGUCGACAGAGGGACCGGGGCGGGCGACCGCCGGCCAAGGCCAACGGGAACGGAAAGAAGGAAAGCCUGACCAAGAAGACGAUUCGGGUGGCUCAGAGGGGAGAGGCGACGGCGAGCCAGGAAGCUGCUGGCGACGGGAACGUACGACGCAGCGGGCGUAAUAGACGAGUCAGCAGCCGCAUGGGCGUAGCCUGCUGA